AAUAUUUUGAACGCGUCUGAAUUCUUAUAACAUGUCGUCCAGCAUCGAGCUCAUCAACCCCAAGGCGGAGAGCAUUAGAAGGGCAGCCGCGCUUCAGGUCAAUACAAAUGGAGCGAUGGGUCUUGCUGGAGUGGUCAAGGGUAACUUAGGGCCCAGAGGAACACUAAAAAUGCUCGUGGAUGGUGCUGGGCAAAUUAAAAUGACGAAAGACGGCAAAGUCUUGCUAUCCGAAAUGCAGAUCCAAAAUCCCACAGCAGCCAUGAUCGCUCGAACGGCUGUAGCUCAAGAUGACCAAGUCGGUGAUGGAACUACUUCGGUUGUUCUCUUGGUUGGAGAGCUGUUGAAGCAGGCCGAUCGAUACAUUUCCGAAGGUGUACAUCCAACUGUGAUCGGAGAGGGUUUUGACCUGGCAAAGAAGGAGGCUUUGGCAUUCUUGGAUAAAUUCAAAGUUGCAGUCAAGCUUGAUCGUCCCACCCUCAUCAACAUUGCAAACACGUCACUCGCAACAAAAGUGAGCACCUCAUUGGCCCGGCAAUUGGCCGCAGACGUCGUAGAUUCAGUUAUUGCCAUUCGUCCCCCCGCCCCUUCAAAAGAGCCGAUUGACCUUCACAUGGUGGAGAUCAUGAAGAUGCAGCAUCGAACGGCAUCCGAAACCCAGCUUAUUCGGGGACUCGUCUUGGAUCAUGGUGCGCGGCAUCCCGACAUGCCCAAACGUGUCGAAAACGCGUUUGUCUUGACCUUGAAUGUCAGCCUCGAGUAUGAGAAAACCGAAGUCAAUUCUGGAUUUUUCUAUUCAUCAGCUGAGCAACGUGAAAAACUUGUCGAAUCGGAGCGAAAGUUUGUUGACGCCAAAGUCAAGAAAAUCGUCGACCUCAAAAAUGCUGUAUGUGACCAGGCUGUGGACUCCAAGGAGAAGAAGAAGAACUUUGUGCUCAUCAAUCAAAAAGGAAUUGAUCCUCUAAGUCUUGAUAUUCUAGCCAAGAAUGGCAUCUUUGCCCUUCGUAGGGCGAAGCGGAGAAACAUGGAGAGAUUACAACUUGUUUGUGGGGGAAUUGCACAGAAUUCCGUGGAUGAUCUCACACCAUCCAUUCUUGGUUGGGCGGGAUUGGUUUACGAGCAUGCUCUUGGCGAAGAGAAAUAUACUUUCAUCGAAGAAGUCAAGGAUCCUAAAUCGGUCACCCUCUUGAUCAAGGGUCCCAACGCUCAUACCAUCCAACAAAUUCAAGAUGCCCUCCGGGACGGUCUCCGCGCUGUAAAAAACGCCAUUGAGGAUGAGUGUCUGAUUCCUGGAGCUGGAGCCUUUGAGGUUUCAUGUUCGGCGUAUUUGAGUGGGACAGUGAAGAAAAGCGCGAAGGGCAGGGUCAAGAUGGGUGUUCAGGCGUUUGCAGAUGCGCUUCUUGUGAUACCAAAAACACUUGCUCAAAAUGGUGGUUUUGACGUCCAAGAUGCUGUUGUGGCUUUACAGGACGAGGAGGCAGAAGGCAGAGUUGUAGGUAUCGACCUGGAAAGUGGGGAUCCUGUCGACCCCUCAGCGCUCGGAAUAUGGGACAACUACAGAGUAAAGCGACAAAUGCUCCAUUCCUGCUCUGUCAUCGCCGUGAAUUUGCUGUCCACAGACGAGAUACUGAGGGCAGGCCGCAGUUCCUUGAAACCGGAUGGUCAAGGGAAUUGAGAGAGCAUCUGUU